UACACGAAAAUAUUAAAGUUUUCUAAUUUUGAUAACAAGUAAAAAAUAAUCUCAAUGUUACUGCUACAAUCAUAACAUUUUGAAGUUUCACCAUCUGAUAAAGUUAAAUUACACAAAGCUAAGCUAUUCGAUCAAAGAAAAAAAAUGAAAGACUCAUUGAACGCAGCGAUACGGAGGAAGUUGUGCAACAAGAAUAAAAAUGUAAAAUAUGUACAUACAUGUAAAAAUAUAUCAACAAAAAAUCUGAAGAAAGUUGCUUUUUUGUCUGGGUUGUCCAGGUUUGGCGGAAAGAAAAACGAUACGUUAGGCCCAGGUAUAUAUAACAUUAGUUUUCCAAAAUUCCAAACUAAGAAAAAUGGAAAGUUUCCUGGUCGACCACAAGAUUUAAAAAUAAAUUCGAAUUUACCGCCUACAUUGUAUGCAGAUGGUUUGAAACACCAUACGAUUCAGACUCGAGUUGAAAAGAAGAUUACCGCCAGAGGACCUUAUGAUACGUUUACAGGACCUAGGGAUUCAAGUACUUUGAUGGGACUUACUGCCGAAAAAAAAUGUUAUUUUUUAUCUGACAAUUGGCCACUCCCACUAGAGACCUACGCGUCUAAAAGUCAUCGAACUUACACAAAUGUAUUCAAACAGGAGUCACCGAGAAAAAAAAUAGAUCAUAGUGUGCCGUCAUUUUCUUGUGCAAACAUGCCCAACUGGUUAUCAAAAAAAACAAAUAAGUAUCCGUUUAAUGAUUCAAAACGGGCCGGCAACAGUUUGAAAAUGAUCGAAGAUUCCCUCAAACCGGGACCGGGACACUACAAUAUCAAUGUUCAUAAACGAUGCACAACAAAUGGACCCACGAGCGUAUUUAAGAGUACUACAGUGCAAAGGUUACAGAUAGUACGCCAAAGCUAUAGCAUAUUUGAUUAAAAAUGAAAAACUUUUAAAAAAUCGAUUCAAUAAUUGACGUUUGUAAAAUACAUCGUCAUUGUCAAGGAAAUUAUCAAAUUUACAUAAUAGAUAUUAUUAUAAAAGUAAUAAAGUACAAAAAAUGAUUUGUGAAUUUUGUUUUUUUAUUUUUUCAACCAUAGAUAUAGCCGAUAUAGGUAUAGAAACAACGGUUUACUGUGUUCAUAAAAAAGUAAAGAACCAAAAAAAAACAAAAAAUGAAUACAAACAUUAUUUAGUUUGUGGAAGUUAUUGAUGUAUUAGCCAAUAUUAUACCUCAACGCAGAGCAUUCCUCCUAAAUUAAUAGA